AUGGAUGGGUCUGAUGAUGAGCAGGUGCCUGAGCAAGUAGAGUUUAAUGCUAAGAGUGACAUGAGAAAUGUUGUACUGAAGAAGGAGAUGAAGUUCACUAAUGCAAAGGUGUUCAGAGCUGCUUUGAGGGAGUAUGCAAUCAAAAAACCUAUUGACAUCAAAUUCAAGCUUAAUAAGAGGACCAAGAUAUCAGUUCACUGCAAGAAUGGGUGUGGGUGGAGAUGUUAUGCAUCUCAAAUAUGUGGAGAGCUAACAUUUCAAAUUAAGAUCUUGACUGAUGACUGUACUUGCCCCAAGUCUUUUAAAAACAGCCAAGCAACAUCAGCUUAUGAUGCUAAGAGGUCAAAGAGAAAGGCAAAGGAUUUGAUAAAUGGAGAUGAGCAACUGCAAUAUGCUGUCCUUAGGGACUAUGCACAAAUGAUAACCACUGUAGACAAGGGGAGUAGGGUUAUACUGCAGACAGAAAUGGUUGAGGAGACUUCCCAGCCAAAAUUUAAGAGGAUGUAUGUUAGGUUCAAUGCUCAGAAGGUAGGAUUUUUAGGUGGAUGCAGACCAUUUAUAGGUUUAGAUAGUUGUCACAUAAAACACAAAUUUGGUGGGCAAAUCUUAUCUGCCACUGCCAAGGAUGCAAAUGACAACAUUUUUCCAGUAGUCAUGGUUGUUGUGGAACAAGAAACCAGGGAGUCUUGGAUAUGGUUUUUGGAAAUUUUUGCUGAUGAUAUAGGGGGGCCAGAGGAGCUUCAGUUGGUCUUUAUUUCUGAUGGGCAAAAGGGGCUUAUACCUGCAAUAGAGACACUAUUCCCUAUCGUGGAGCAUAGAUACUGUGUGAAAUACAUCUACAACAAUUUCAAAGUUGAUCACAAGGGGUUGGAGCUGAAGGAUGCAUCAUGGAGGUGUGCUGCUGCCACAACAAUAAGGGAGUUUGAGAGAUGCAUGCAGUACAUAAGGGAUUUGGAUGAAAAGACAUAUGAGUAUCUUGCAAACAUUGCACCUGCACAGUGGACAAGGUCACACUUCACUCCUAGGGCCUUAACAGAUUGUUUGGUAAAUAAUUUGAGUGAGUCUUUUAAUGCAAUGAUAUUGAACUCUAGGGACAAGUCUAUCUUGGCAAUGUUGGAGUGGAUUAGGGUUAGACUUAUGACUAGGCUUUACACAAAAAGGGAAGGGAUACAGAAGUAUGCUGGAAAGUUGUGUCCAAGCAUACAAGAUAGGUUGGAGAAAUUGAAAGUUGAAAGUAAGCCAUUUAGUGCUAUCCCAGCUGGUAGUUUCCUUUAUAAGGUAGGCAGUUAG